AUGAAAUUGUCCUCUUGUGUAACAUACUUUUCAAUAUUGUGUAAUUUAAUAAUAGUGAGUCAUUUUUUGUAUUCUUCAUUUUUAUAUUUAUUUAGUGAAAAAUUUUUAAAUUAUUUUGAAAAGAAUAAUCCUUUUAUUCAUAGGCAAAAAUAUGUUAUAAAUCAAACGACCGAACCAAUUUUGAAUUCUUCAAAAUAUAGACAUGCAUAUGAAUGUUCAUUGAAAAAUAAGUUAAUUCAUUACAGCAAUUAUUUGGGAAUAAGGAAAGAAAUAAACUUGGAUCAUUAUAAUAAAUGUUCUUUUUAUGAAUAUUUAUUUUUCCUUUUUUUUUACAAAAAAGGUAUUUAUUAUAUCUUUGAUUAUGUUUAUAUGUAUUAUUAUAAAAGAAAUAUAUAUGAUACAUUAUAUAAUCAUAACAAUGUAUAUGCUAAAAGUAAUUUACUCUUUGCCUUUGCAAAGGAUUUAAAAAAAUUUUUGCUUAUUUUUAAUUCGAAUAUAAAAAAGCUCGAUGUGCAGCUAGCCAUUCAAAUAAAAAAAAAAUGGGAAAAAAAAAAAAUAUAUGAACAAAAACAUUUGGCUAGCUGCUCAUCAAAAGUAGAGAAAAGGAGAUAUGGAAAUAAAUAUAUAAAUAGAUAUGAUGAAAAAGAAAGAGAAAAUAGUUUUGAGGAUGAAGAAUAUAAGACGGGUUAUCAUAAUUAUGAAGGGAAAGUUGUUUUGAAUUCUAAAUAUUGUUUGAUAAAAAAAAUAAAAAAUAUUUUAAAAAAGAAAACUUUAAGUCAAAGUAAUUUAAAGAAAUUGGAUGUUAUUCAUCUUCCGAUUGAUGAUGAGAGUGGAGAGAAUAAAAAUAAUAUACCAAUAAAUAAUUAUGUAUGUAAAUCAUGUAUAAUUGAUAUAGAAGAGAAGUCAUUAUAUGCUUUAAAAAUUCGAGAAGAAGAAAAAGGGAAGGAUAGUAAUAAUAUAUCUUUAUAUAAGGAAAAAUCAAGAGAUAUUCAAAUAUAUUAUAAUUAUGAAGAUAUACAAGAAUAUAAUAUGAAAAAAAAGAAAAAGAAAAAUGAAAAAAAGAAAAAGAUCAUGAUGAGAAAUUUUAAUAAAUCCAUUUCAGGAACAAAACAAAUUAUUAAGACACCAUAUUAUGAAGGAUUAAAAAAUAAUUACCAGAUGAUUAAUUUUAGAGAACGUUUAUUGUUAUCACAUCCAAUGAAGCUACAAGAAAAAGGAUUUGAAGUUAAUAGAUAUUAUCCAAGAAGAGUUAAUUAUUCUAUGAAAGAAAAAUUGGGUACAGGGUCAUAUGGAGAAAUUUGGUAUGCUAUAAAUAUAAAUAAGAAUUCACAAUAUAAAGAUGUUGUAUUAAAAAAAUUUCUUAUAACUAAAGAUGAAGAAACAUCUGAAUUGAAUGCUAUGAGAGAAGUAUAUUUUGGUGAAAAAUUAAAAAAUUGUGAUAAUAUAAGUAGAUUUAUUGAAUAUUUUAAAGAAUAUGAAAUAAAUGAAAAUGAGAAUAAGAAAAAAGAAGAAUAUAUUUAUUUUUGGUUAGCAUUUGUUAAUGAAGGUUAUUCUUUAUCUAAGCAUUUAUUUGAAACAUCUUCUAAUACUUUAGGUUUAGUUAGUCCUAGUGCAUUAUGGUGGAGUAUUAAAAAACAGAAAAUAGGAAUGUUAGUAUUAAAAGAUUUAUUACAUCAAAUAUUAAAUGGUAUAUAUAUAGCUCAUAAAAAAGGUAUAACUCAUAGAGAUAUUAAAAUGGAAAAUAUCUUUGUUUCAUCAACUACUCCUUUUACGGUACGUAUAGGUGAUUGGGGUAGUGCAGUUGAAUAUAAAAAUGAACACUUUUCUUUUAUACCUUCAGAAGAUGAAGAAACAAAUGGAUAUCAACCUCCUGAAUCUUUAUUUGGUCAUAUGAAAAAUAAUUUUAUGCGUUUACCUUAUUAUGAUAUGUGGAGUAUUGGAAUAGUUUUCUUACAAUUUAUUCUAGGUACAAAAAAUCCUUUAGAAGUAAAAGAUAAAGAAAAUGAGCGUAAAUUAAAAAAACUAUUUUCAAAAUAUCCUAUGGACAUAUUAAAAGAAGCUAUAUUUUUACAGAGUUUAUCUGAGCUCUGUUUAACUCCUUGGGUGAAGAAAUCUGAACAUAAUUUGAUACGUCUCGAAAAAAAAAAAAAAAAAAAAAUCAUACAUGAUUGUUAUAAGUAUGAUAUGGCUAGUAAGUAUAGCCAAACUACAUCAUAUAAUAAUAGUAAUAAUAAUAUAAGUUCUUAUCAUACGCCUAGUAAUAUUUAUAGGAAACAUUUGUUUCCUACAGGUUCAUCACAUAAUUCACUAUAUUUAAAUUAUAGUAAAAAUUUUAUUAUUAAUAAAUUAAAAUAUUAUAUUACCAACGAUUUAAUUAAUAUAAAAAAACAAUCCUUUCAUAAUAUUUACAAUAUUAUAUCCGAUAAAUAUAACUCACUAAUAUCCUUACCAUCAUCACCAUUGUGUUCUGAUGGAAUGUGUCUAUAUAAAUAUGAGAAAUCAUAUGACAACAAAUAUAUAACAGAAGGUAAUGAUACAGGUCUCAUUUGUUUAAAUAAAUAUAAAUUAUUUUUUAGUGAAAAUCAAAAAAAUAUAUUACCAAAUUAUACAUGUGACGAUGAAAAAUUUCAAAAAAUUCUUAAGGAUAGAGAUCCUUCAGGUGUAGGAUUGCCAGAUAAAAAUGCGAGAGAUCUCUUAAGACAGCUCUUAAAUUUUGACUACGAAAGUAGGAUAACAGCUGAGCAGGCUUUAAAUCACCCAUGGUUCCAAGAAAAUUAA